UGCUUUGAUGAGAAAAGAUGGCUCUAGCAGAUGAUUCCCAGACUACAGGAGGCGCCACAAUGCUAGAAGAUUCUCAGGAAUGGAGGGAUGUGCAAUCUUGCAGGCUGCAGCUCCAAAACAUCAUCAGCGCUGAUACCUGCUGUGGAGAUUUUCAACAGGAGAUACAUCAGCUUCUGGGGCGGUUGUGUGCUGUCAACUUCUUCAGUGAAGCUCAACUGGUCGCCAGCCUCCCAGACUUGCAGAUGCUAUGGCAGAUCUCUCGCCACAACACCCUGAGCAACCUGCGAGCAGUUCUGGCAGACCUCAUCAGCCAAGAUGAACAUGUUCAGCUGUUUCAGAACUUGCUGCGUCGCAUGCUUGACUGUGGUGUGAAUGUUGAUGGACAGAGCAGUGAAGUUUUGGAAGAGUCUCAAGACAGUUUUGUGUGUCCUUUGGAACUGCUCAGACAUCUCACCCAAACUGUGCAAGAGCAUUUCAGACUGUGGUGUGCUUGUUACUCUUCUCCAUCUGCUGGCACAGGUGAUCAAAACCUCAGAUUUUGUUCUCGAUGAAAAGAAACAUUUCCUGGUGAAGGCAUUUCUUGGGAUUCUUCAUAAUGCUGUUCGCAACUGUGCAGACUGCAAAGGUAUUCUGCUGGAGACAGGCACCAUGCACAUUCUGCCCCAGCUGUUCACAGCUGCCAGUCCAAUGGUGAAGGCGAAGUCACUAAUGGUUGCCUCCUACCUGGUUAAUGAAAAAGAGAAUGAAGUGUUAAACUCUUCGGAUGAUACCAUCUCCUUCAUUGUUCAGGUGUUGGCUGAUAGUACAAAAUCGAAGAACCACACCUCAUCCAAAUAUGGUAUGAACUGCUUGGAGAUAAUGAAAGGUUUGAACAAUAUAGCCAUGAACGAUGCAAACAAAGUGAAAAUUGUUUCAGCUGGAGGGCUGAAGCUCUUUGCUAUGCUUCUAGUAUCAGAGAACCAAGAGGAGCAAGAAUUAUCUGCCCUUAGUGUGUGGACUCUAGCAUUUGCUUCACCUGUCAAGGGGCGCAUAAUUCAGGAACCUGGCCUAGUUGAAGGGCUAAAGAAUCUUAUCAAAGGGAAACAUACCUCUGGCGGACACUAUGCACGAGGUGCAUUAUGGGAAUUAUUCCAUGGACAUGAUAUAGUGGAAAAGACAGCUCUGGACACCAACAUUCCACACAUCAUGAUCAGCUAUCAGUGGGAUGCUCAAGGCAUCAUGAGCAAGGUGAAGGACAUGCUGAUGCAGGCUGGGUACAAGGUCUGGAUGGAUGUGGAGCAUAUGACUGGGUCCACACUGGAAGCAAUGGCUCUGGCAGUAGAGCGUGCAGCAGUGGUGCUUGUUUGUAUGUCUGAAAAAUACAAGUCUUCUGCCAACUGCCGCACAGAAUCAGAAUAUGUCUUCCGUUUGCGGAAGGACAUAAUCCCAUUACGAGUGCAGAGUGGAUAUCGGCCUGAUGGUUGGCUGGGAAUGUUGGUGGGCACCCGGCUCUAUUUUGACUUCAGCAGUGAGAAGCAUAUGCAGAGCAACCUUUCCAAGUUGCUGAGGGAGUUGGCAAACAGGGGAAAAAUUCAUCCAGUAGCCUCAGAAGUCAAAGAGAUAGAUGCAAUAAAUGAAAAAAUCCAAACUUCAGAAAAGUCUCUUACAUCUUCAGAUCCAACAGGGAAAAAGGAGGCUCAACAAGUAGGUGCCAAACAGCUGCCAAUGGUUACAAGAGAUCUCAUCACAGAGCGGUGGGGUCAACAGGAGGUGGCAAAAUGGCUGACUGAUAACAAGCUUGGGCAAUUUGUAGAUAGAUUUGCAACUAUUGAUGGGCCUUUGCUACUGGAGAUGAGACGAGUGCGAAAGGCUGCCCCAGAGUUUUUCUAUCGAACUCUACAGCAAGAUCUGCAUAUGGACUUGUCAGCUGCGCUCAGAUUUUCACAGUGUUUGGGCAAGCUGGUCUGAUGUGUUCAUUGCUGGCUGUAUAUCAUGUUCUGAUGUCUGACAUGCAUACUACUGACUGUGUAUUCAUUUCUGGAAAACUAUUUUGUUGCCCCUUUACAAACCCCCUGGCAAACUGGAAUAAUGAUGCAAAUUGUUUAUUAAAGCUUUAUAAACUCUUGGGAAGCAGGAAAGGGAGAGAGUUUUCUAUAUGUUGAGAUUUGCUAUGCCUUUGCUGAUUGAUUCAGGUGGAAAGGGUGACACUUAUUCACGCAUAAGGGGCAAUGCCCUUGCCUAUAAGUGCUCAUUGCUUAUCCAGACACAAGAUGCCUGAUGUUAACAAGCUUGGUAAAUAGCUUUGCAAUUUGCAUUCAGGUACUCAAAAUGUUUCACAAAUGAUGUUGUUUUAUUUUCUUCAUGGUCUUAAGUUCAGCAAGAUGCUUGAAACUCAGAGGCAAAACUUGAAGGUGGCCUCAUUGCCUGCAUCAAGUUUUGUGAAUAAUUUGGACAAAGAGAUUUGCCUGUUAAAAGAUCAAGAGUGAUGCAAUAUUUUUUCUAAUGAAUCAGUAAAGCUCAGUACACACCAAGCAGAGAAAGAUGAAACUUUUAUUGUCAUAUUUACAUACAGAUACUCUUCUUUAACAUAUCUCAGUUCUUUCAUUAGCAGUAGCUUUUAAUACGUGAACAUAUCCAUGUUUACAUCUCUGUUGUUUCUGUUCUACUAGUGAUCUUUGUAGGUCUGUAUUACAAAAGCAGAAUAAGGUACUCACCUAGAUCUUGGUAAAUAGUAUCUUACACUGAGCUUUACCCAGUCUUAGGAAAAAUAAUUGCAUUCUACUAAAACUAAGUACGCCUUCUUCUGCUGUGCUUGAAGCUCAUUUGGCCUUCAAGAAUUCAGAAAAUAAGACUUAAGGUGUGGAAUCUUAAUAUUACCACCAUGAGGCUGAAAAAUUCAGACACAAAGUUCUAUAAUCUUAAAUUAUCUCAGACCAAUGAUGUAAAAAGUUGUCUGCUCAUGGGUGAUACAUGUAAAUGUGUAUGCAGUGACUGAUGGUGUUGGUGAGAGUAUGUUGCUUGCUUCAGUGUUUGCAAACAUUAACAAUAUUAUAUUUCUUCUAUGUGUGUUAAGCUAUAAGAUGGGUUUUGAGGGUGCAAACAAGAUCUUAUUUUCUUGAACUAUAUUCCACCUAUAAUCAAAAUACUCUAUGUUGUUUAUAUCAAUCAUUAAAGUUUUAUAUUGUGCUCAGAAUAUAUAUAUAAUGUGUCCAUGAAACAAUGAAAAAAAUGAAUAAAAUUACACGCAGCAAUGUGAGCAAAGAACAGAAGCAUUAUGCAGCAUUUUACUGCAAAAUCAAAUUUUUCCUUAAUGACACUGGCUCAGCUGGAUUUUUAGUUAGCAGUUUUUUUUUUUAUCUAAAUAUUGCUUUUCAAGUGCACUUUCAGCUCGAUGGAGGAAGUUGUGAGCAGGAAGAAGUUAGAAGAGAUUUAUUAUUUGUUGAAGAGCAAAAUAUGUAUGUUGCUUGUGCAAUCAGUUGCUCAAUUACUGAUAUAAAAUGCUAUUAUUAGACUGAAAAGGUCUGUUUACAUCUCAGUACUUCUCUGCUUUUAAAAUCAGGUUGUGUUAUUUCUAUCCUUAAACAAAUCUACUCAUAUUGCAAAAUAAAUACGUAUUAUACAUAUGUUUAUGUGGAGCUGAUAUAUCAGAUAUAUAUUAUUCUAUACCUACUGACAUAGGUAUAUUUCAUUAUUGUCUGACUUCUAUCGUGUGUGUGGUUUGGUUCUGUGGAAUCACAAGACAGGAGAAGUUUAUUGUUUCCAGGCUGUAUUAUCUGCCAGUCGUGGGUAUUUUGACAGUGCCAUUUACCUCUGUAAGAGUUUUAAAGUGAUAACAGUGGCAUACUGGCAUGUUAAGGGAUUUGUGAUCUAUUUCUUCAAAUAUAUAUAUAUGUGUGUGUGAGAGAGUGCAUAUUGUGUUUGCGACUGCUUUAUUGCUUUAUAUGUACCUUCGUUCAUAAUAGAAUCAUAUGGGUGAUGUGAAGCCACUAAUGUAGCAAUCUCAUCCAUCUUUUCACCUAGUAAUCCAUUUUCCCACCAAGAGUGUGAUGCAUGUAGCUUUCAGAACUGCUUUGUCUGUCAAAACAUGAAUAUUUACUCUUUUAUUUUCACCCUAUACUAAUGAAGUAACUGGGUAAUACUGGUUGUGAUGGAUUUUUUAAAACUGAUAAUAGUGUCAAAGUCAAAUAAAAAUUCAGCAAUUUUAAUUUUUAUAUUAAACAUGUCAUUUUAAAUGAAGAAUGUUGGAACUUAUAUUUCUUCCCUGAGACAAUUUGUUUUAUAAAUCUUCAUCAAAAAUAUACAUGAUCUCAAAUGUUUAACAGCUGAUGGGAAUUUGCUUUUUGAUGUGCUGUGAAAUUUGGAAGGCAAACGUACUUUCCAUCAGUAAAUUAUCCAUUGUCAUGAAUGCCCUCGUAAUCCUAAAGAGGGCAAACGAAUGAUACAUGUGCACCAUAUCUUGAUGUGGAAGGCUUCAGAUAUAUUUUAAUGUUGGGUAACAGCUUUGUCGCUGCCCUGGACUCAUCUGGUUUACUUAUUUUUUAAACAAAAGGGGCAUAAUGAAAUGUUCCAGCAAGUGCUUUUAUUGCACCAUUGUUCAGAAGUACAAAUUUUUCUGCAUCAAUGAAAAUAUAUUUUUGUACGCUUUCAUGCAACUGGGCUUAGAAUAUGCUACAAGUCUGCUACAUCUGGUGCACAGCAAAAUGUUAAGUGCAUAUCUGUAACGGUUCUGUUUACUUUUAAAGCUUUUUGAAUGAACAGUUAUUUUCAAAAGAGUGGGUUUAGUUCUUGUACAGCCAUCAGUGGCCUCUUGACUUUGUAUUUAUUGAAUGAAAGCAGUAAAGUGGUUAUGAGUUUUGCUUCUACUCUGGGGAAAUUGUUUGUCCUGUCAAAAGUUGUAAAAAUUAUGAGGGUGGCAUGAUUUAUGGUGUGAAAUAUUGCCAUGUGGAUCUCUCCUGCUUUGAUAUUUUAUUGUGCGAGCGAUAGAAUUUUCCAACUUUUUAUCCAUUUGGGACCUAGGGGAGAAGCAGGCCGUCAUGAAUAUUUUAUAGCAAUACAAAAUGAUAGAUAGUACUGAUACCCUCAAGUUUGGUUCCAUACAGUCUGCAGCCUUUAUUCUUAGAUUAAUUGCUGAAGCAAAAAGAAAGUGAAUUUUUUUUAAAGUAGGGGUCGCCAGACAUUAAACGUUAGAAGUACAUUAUCCCCCCCCCCUACCACCACCAAGAUGCACCGAAUUUUGUUUGCAACGUAGUUGUUGUUUUUUUUUUUUUUUUUGCUUCCUGCCUUCCACCCUAUACACCCCCACGGGGUGAGAGAUGCAAGUAGAUUAUUCGACUAAGAUUUUAAAGUUCACACACACACACACACAAUAUUGGCAAGAGAAAACCUAUUUUGUCAAAAUUCGUCUUUGUUCAUCGAAAGUCCACUAGUCAGGAAAUGGAGGAUACCAUUUUUAACAGGAAGUUUUCCCAACAUUUUCCUAGAGAAUCAGGUUCCACUAGCUUGGUUGGAGAAGUACAUUGUUACGUGUAAUUUGGUCAUAAAACAAUUGCGUGACCAGCAACUCUCGAAAAAAUGCUUUAAACCAGUUAUCUUUGCAUGCGAUGGAUUGCGUGUGCGCGCGUGUAAUCGAGGUAGAUGGA